ACCACAGAUGACCAGAGGGGGCAGUAUAGCUCCAACCACUAGAGGGAGUUUAUGGUGAAACGAAGAAGAAGAAGAGACGACGGAAGUUUCUCCUGGCAGGAUAUAAUGUCAGAAUGGGAACUCAAAUCAAAGACGUCAUUCUGAAGCCGGACGCUCCCAGCUCGCUGCUGCUGGACAAACAUGCAGACUACAUCGCUGCCUACGGCUCCAAGAAGGACGACUAUGAGUACACCCUGUCGGAGUACCUCAGGAUGAGCGGGAUCUACUGGGGCUUGACGGUGAUGGACUUGAUGGGCCAGCUGGACAGAAUGAACCUGCAGGAAAUCAUAGAUUUUAUCAAAGCCUGCCAGCACGACUGCGGAGGCUUCAGCGCCAGCAUCGGACACGACCCUCACCUGCUCUACACCCUCAGCGCUGUCCAGAUCUUAUGCCUUUAUGACAGCCUGCAUGCCAUCGAUGUGGACAAAGUCGUGGAAUAUGUGAAGGGGCUUCAGCAGGAAGACGGCUCUUUUGCAGGAGACAAAUGGGGAGAAAUAGACACCCGGUUUUCUUUCUGUGCUGUUGCCACACUUGCAUUACUGGGAAAGAUGGAGAUGAUAAAUGUUGACAGAGCUGUGGAGUUCGUCUUAUCCUGCAUGAACUUUGACGGCGGUUUUGGCUGCAGACCUGGUUCAGAGUCUCACGCUGGGCAGAUCUACUGCUGCACCGGGUUCUUGUCUCUCACCGGCCAGCUGCACCAGCUGAACGCAGACCUGCUGGGCUGGUGGCUCUGCGAACGCCAGCUGCCGUCUGGAGGCCUCAACGGAAGGCCUGAGAAGCUUCCAGAUGUCUGCUACUCCUGGUGGGUUUUGGCAUCUCUGAAAAUCAUCGGUAGGAUCCACUGGAUCGACAAGUCCAGACUACGCCAGUUUAUUCUGGCCUGUCAGGAUGAGGAGACGGGAGGUUUUGCUGACAGACCAGGAGACAUGGUGGACCCUUUCCAUACUCUGUUCGGGGUGGCUGGACUCUCCCUCCUGGGCGAGGAACAGGUCAAAGCGGUAAAUCCGGUGUUGUGCAUGCCAGAGGACGUGUUACAGAGGAUCGGCCUGCAGCCGGACCUCCUCAGCUAGCCUCCAGAUGCUCGGCAUGUGUACGUGAUGCUCCUCCGACCUCCACGCCUGGACAAUGGAAGCAGAGACAGAAGCACGUUUCUCAGCCAGAGUUGAGUUCAUUCAUUGAACAAACGAGGAAAGUUUCCGUCAUUCAACAUUCCUGAAGCUCUCCACUGGAUCAGUCCUGGAACAUCUCUUGUCUCAUUUCUGUCCUGUUUUUGUCCUUUUAUCUCCGUAACAACUGCUGACCAUCUGACAUGUUGCUGUGGAAAAACCCCUGAUACAUUUAGUGAGGAAACGUUUCAGGAGAGGGCGACAAAUCUAUCAUUUUUGAUGUUUUAGAAGCUGAGACUGCCUCUCUCUGUUGUCUCAUGUUUCUGCCUUCAUGCUCCUGCAGCUGUGUUCAUGGGCUUCAAAGCUGCAAAGACUGUUUCAUGUCACUCAGCUUCAGAGAGUGUCGGCCGGCCUCAGAAGGCUCCGUUUUGAUGCCACCUUGAAUGUCUUCUCCACACUUCCAGCCACUAUAUUUAUUAAAAUGUGUCACUCUGUGAGCGUCUGAACGAAGCUCCAGGAAACUC